AUGGCCCAUCGUUCUUCAAGCCAUAUAAGGUCUGAUUUGAAAUAUCUGAACAGGGAUCUUUCGCCAAACGUCACAGCAGUAAUUGUUGAUGACGAUAUUUUCCGUUGGGAGGCGACUUUAAUCGGACCGGUGAACACCCGUUAUGAAGGGGGAGUGUUUAAAAUAAGUCUUAAUUUUCCGCCUGAUUUCCCAAAUAAUUCCCCCAAGGUUUGUUUCAUCAAGAAAAUUUGCCAUCCAAACGUAUCAGAUAAUGGAGGCAUUUACCUAAGAGUGUUGAGGGCCGACUAUUGGCAUCCCUUGUCGAUUGUUAAGCUUUUCAAGGGAUUAGUGGAGAGUUGA